GAGGAUGAGACGCAUCACUGACCGUGGCUUUCAUCCAAUCCGCAUCAUUUGACGCUGGCGCAGCGUUUGACUCGCAGCAUGUUGACUCAAACACCACCGAACUGUGUCCAAAAGUGACUCAGAACUGCGCUUUGGUGUUUUUGACACUGCACCUGCUCCGGAUAAUCUCGUUACGAUGACAUUCAUAAACACCUCCUUAGAUUUAUUCUCGCAGUUUUAUCUCUUUCAGAAUUUCUCUACGUUUUUUAAUUUCUCUUUGGACGCGAUGUACGAGAGAGGAUCGAAUUACGAGUCUGAAUCCCACAGACCGACUAUCAGAGCGCUGCUCGUCGUCUCAUAUUCCGUUAUUAUCUUCAUCUCGCUUUUCGGAAACGUGGUGGUUUGUCACGUUGUUAUUAAGAAUAAAAGAAUGCACUCAGUGACAAGUUUGUUCAUCAUGAAUUUAGCCAUUGCUGACAUCCUUAUAACUCUCCUCAACACUCCUUUUACACUGGUUCGGUUUGUUUACAGUACAUGGGUGUUCGGGAAGGUGAUGUGCCAUGUGAGCCGCUUUGCACAGUAUUGUUCUGUCCAUGUCUCUGUUCUUACACUGGUUGCCAUCGCCAUUGAUAGACACCAGGUGGUGAUGCAUCCAAUGAAACAGCGGAUGUCUCGGCUUCAGGGCGUAUCCUGGAUCGGUGCCAUCUGGCUGAUGGGGUCCUGCUUCUCUUUACCUCAUGCCAUCUACCAGAAACUGCUGCGCUUUGAAUUCAUCAAUAACAGAGUACGGAUGGUAUGUCUGCCCAGCUUCCCUCAUCCCUCUGAUCUCUUCUGGAAAUAUCUGGAUCUUGCCUCCUUUGUCCUCCUCUACGUGUUGCCUUUAGCUAUUAUUUCCUUAUCAUACCUCGUGGUGGCCAAGAAGGUUUGGUUCCGGAAUGCCGUCGGUGAUGUCACACUGGCUCAAUCGGUCGCUCAUCGCAGGAGGAAGAAGACGACUUUGAAAAUGCUGAUCGCAGUGGUGGCUGUGUUUGCAGUCUGCUGGUUUCCUCUAAACUGUUACGUUGUACUGCUGUCAAGUAAAAUGAUCCAGGCUAAUAAUGCCUUGUACUUUACUUUCCACUGGCUGGCCAUGAGCUCUACCUGCUAUAACCCCUUCAUAUACUGUUGGCUCAAUCACAGUUUUCGUGCGGAACUCAGAGCCCUGCCUCUAAUUGGCCGUAUUGUCAAGGGCAAUGCCAUCCAGCAAUCCUAAGGAAGCGCCCAAGAUUUC